AUGAGAAACAAUGAUCCUUACCUAGGGAUGUCCUCCAUUGAAAUUAUAGAACAAAAUGACCGGCCCGGUUCCGAAAUUGCUCACCAGCCGUUGAACGUGGAUAUUAUCGAAAUUACAUCUGGAAAUGAGGAUCUGACUCCCGCAAAAGCGGCAACCCGGUAUACCUACCCUUCUUCGCCGCGAGCCUGUCACAAGUCAAGCCCCCUAAGGACAAGCGUUUAUAAUUCCGAACCAUUGGAUCACUCAGUUGAGCUGUCUGCCGCCUUCCAUGAUGACACCACAAUAGAUGAAACAAUAUCAGAGAGCAGCUUUGCACCUUUAGAAAGGCAACAAAACGCAGCCGCAAAUAAAUCAAAGGAAUCAUCUCCCGCGUCGCUAAUUUCAUUAAACAAAUCAGGCCCUACGGGCAUAGACGUGCCUAAGAAACUUGAAUCCGCCCUUGACCAGAUUAUAAGCGAGGACAUUUUUUCUUCGGAUGCGACAGAAAAUAUGUCUAGAUUGGCCCCUGGUGAGCAAGCUCCUCUGAGUCUCAAAGCGAUGGGUCAUAAAUGGUCCCUGCGAGAUGGUGAAAAGCUUUGCUUUUCUGAAAGUGAACAAAACGAAGCUGAAAAAGUCGCCGAAGUUCCCUCAGCAAGAAAUCUUUUUGUGAAGUCUUCGCAGUCUGAAGCGAGCAUCGCUCUGCCUCAUGAUGACAGAGGGCAGAGUUUCAUUGAGAAAGAGCAAUGCUCUUCCAGCACCAGAAGCCGGUCGAUUUCAACAGAUAAUAAGGCUCCAGCAUCAGUUAUUUACCAAAUGAACGAUGCUAUCGAAUACUCUUCUACACCGGAGCCUGCCAAAUCACACGCUUUAGAUCAGAAUCUUGUGCGUCCCCCAAACAGCACUGCAAAAGUCAGUUUAAAAUAUUCAAAAAAAAGAUUGCAUGAUGAGACAAGUGAGGCGCUCCUUUCAAAGGUUGGGGAUAGAAACGCUAGGCAAAUCCAGAAAUUUGUCGUACUCGGAAGGUCUUUUACAGAUGAAGAGUCGAAAUUGGAGAUCAACAAAAAUCUCGCAACAGGCGCAGGGAAAAAAGAGUUCAAUGCCGCGAAUAAACUUGUAAAGGAACCCUCUGUUUUAAAAGAGGAAAUAUCCAUUGACAUUAAUGAAUCAUUAUAUCAAUCGUUCUUGGAAGAUGGAGUGGACUUACGAGAAAGACUGUCACCUGCCCAGAUUCUGCAUACUCACACAGUAAAUCCGCUUAUGAAGCUGCGAAGAAACUGCAAGUCUAUCUACGAUUACGAACACGGAAUCUUUUACCCGAUAAAGGAAACUUUGGUAAGUGAAAGUAUCUCCAUAUUAUAUUACGAUGCGUUAGAGUUUUUUCAUCAGUAUACUGUUGAUAAGUUGCGACUUAAAAACUUCAUUGAAGGGUGUAAAGAGGGUGGCCAACUUGUUCUUAUAAUGGUCAAUGGUUGCGACAGUUUGAUCAAGGGGCUCCAGAAUCUGGAAAACCGACGAUUUAGGCAACAAAUUAACGAAGAGUUAGGAGGAACAAGCCCAAAGAGAAAACGGGGAAAUAACAAGAGUUUUAGCAAAUUGGAGGAAUUGAACAUCAAACCCACGGACGUGGAAAAAGAAAUCGAAAGCAUCGCUAUAUUGAUGAAGGUUCAUUUCUUCUCAGUUGAAACUAAACAAGAUUUUGCCGUUUGGAUGAACAAUCUUUUGGUUGUUGUGGGAAGGAAGCGAUAUGACCCGAUAAUCCGACACCAGGAUUGGUCUCAUAUCAGUCUCAGAUCUGCACACGACCCUCAAGACGCAUUGAGCAAAACCGUCGAGCAGCUUGAUCAAAUGACAAGGCUCAAAGCCCAGCGAGUUGUAGCUGUUUACAAAAGCUUCCAACAGUUGUAUGAAGAUGUCAACAAGGGUUAUUUAAUUAGUGGAAAUGAUGGUAACUCGUUAAUGGGCGGUGCCGCUGAGAAAGCGAUGGCCACGUUACUGACGUCUGAAAAUCCAGAAGAAUUAAUAUAUCUUGAUUAG